GUUGAUGUGUCAGCUUCCCUCGGGUCGGGGGAGCCGCGGCGGGGGAGCCAGUCGCCGCCUGACCCCGCCAUGGAGAAUUCAUCCCUUUCGAUGCCAAUGUUCUCCUAGUCCACGGGAAAAUCAAGCAAUAUUUAACAGAAAUAGAGUAAUCGGUGGCAGCCAGCAUGUCAGUGACAGAGAGUGCACCAUCUAGUUCACCUGAUGAAAACACUGGCAUAACACUGGAAAUGAAAGGUAGCUCCAACAGUUGUUUUUGUGGAGAUGAAGAUGGCUGCUUAGACAAUGAUUCUAAAUUGUUGUCAUCAAAUCAGGAUACUAUAACUGCAUUUAAUGUACUUGCAAAAGAUAACCUUACUGAAGCCCAAGAGGGUGACUCAUCAAAUCAGAGUGGAAGCGAGGAUUCUUCCAACCAGGCGUAUCCGACUUCAGGAGACUUGGAGAAUGUGGUUUGCUUUCCUACUGGAGAUUUUGAACUGUCAAAAACAAACAGAACAGAACAGUCACUCACAGAAAUAUUGCAAGAAUUAGGAUCAUCUAAAUUUUCUGAAAAAUCUAAUGAAAAGAUUUAUUCAGGAAGUCCUUACGAUACAGACUGCACCAAGCAACUUAUUUCAAAAAUACAGAAUGUCUCCCCUCCUGAGGAUUUGUUACAAGAAAUAGAAACUGAGCUUUUAUCUACAGGGUUUUCAAAUGAACAUAAAUUUCCAAAUGGACUAAAAAAGGGUGAACAUGCAUUGGUUGUGUUUGAAAAAUGUGUGCAAGACAAGUAUCUGCAGCAGGAGCAUACGAUAAAGAAGUUGAUUAAAGAAAAUAAGAAGCACCAGGAACUUAUUGUAGAAAUCUGUUCAGAAAAAGACAACCUAAGAGAAGAGUUGAAAAAGCGAUCCGAAACAGAAAGACAACACCUAGCCAUUAUAAAACAGUUAGAAGCAAGAAUAGAGGAACUCAAUAAAGAAGUGAUAGCUUCCAAAGAUAAACUUGCAACUCAAGAUGCUGCUGCCAAAAACGCCAUUCAACAAUUGCAUAAAGAAAUGGCAUUCCGUAUGGAACAGGUCAACAAGAAAUGUGAAGAAGCACGCCAAGAAAAAGAAACUAUGGUAAUGAAGUAUGUGAGAGGCGAGAAGGAAUCAUUGGAUCUUAGAAAGGAGAAGGAAAUUUUUGAAAGAAAACUCAGAGAUGCAAAUAAAGAAAUUGAGAAACAAGCUAACAGAAUCAAACAACUCUCUCAAGAGAAAGGAAGACUGAAUCAAUUGUAUGAAAUAAAGGAAGGUGAGGCUACUAGGUUGAGCCGAGAAAUGGAGAAAGUGAAGGAAGAUAUCAAUUCCCAUGUCAUCAAAGUAAAAUGGGCCCAAAAUAAAUUAAAAACAGAAAUGGAUUCACACAAGGAAACCAAAGAUAAACUAAAAGAUAUAACAAUAAAAUUGACCCAGUCAAAGGAAGAAGCAGAUCAGAUACGGAAAAACUGCCAAGAUAUGAUAAAAACGUACCAAGAGUCAGAGGAAAUUAAAUCAAAUGAAUUAGAUGCAAAGCUUCGAGUCACAAAGGGAGAACUAGAAAAGCAGAUGCAAGAAAAAUCUGAUCAAUUGGAGAUGCAUCAUGCCAAAAUAAAGGAGUUGGAAGACUUGAAGAGAACAUUUAAAGAGGGUAUGGAUGAGCUGCACACACUAAGAACCAAGGUAAAGUGUCUAGAGGAUGAACGAUUAAGAACAGAAGAUGAAUUAUCAAAGUACAAGGAAAUUAUUAAUCGACAAAAAAAUGAAAUUCACAAUUUACUGGAUAGAGUGAAAGUUAUAGAGCAGUUACAGGAACAGCUUCAAAGAGAUGAACAAGAAAUUGAGAAUUUGAAAGAGGAAGUGGAAAGUCUGAAUUCUUUGAUUACUGACCUACAAAAAGAUAUUGAAGGGAGUCGGAAAAGAGAAUCUGAACUCCUACUAUUUACUGAAAAACUCACUAGUAUAAAUGCACAGCUUCAAUCCGAAUGCAAUUCCUUACAGUCACAGUGUGAUAAACUUAGCUGCAGUGAAAGUGAGUUGCAAAGUCAGUGUGAACACCUGAAGCAGACUAAUUCUGAUUUGGAAAGUAGGCUGCUAAAAGAGAAAGAACUUCGAAAACAAGAAGUUCAGACCCUUCAGGCUGAACUUACUUCUCGACAGAAAGAAGUAACAGCACUAAAUACCCAAGUAGAGGAACUUAAAGAUGAAUUAGUUACUCAGCGGCGUAAGCAUGCUUCAAAUUUCAAGGAUCUCACCAAACAACUGCAGCAAGCACGCAGGAAAUUAGAUCAAAUUGAGAAUGGCAGCUACGAUAAAGAAGUCAGUAGCAUGGGAAGUCGUUCUAGCUCAUCAGGAUCCCUGAACGCUCGGAGCAGUAUAGAAGAUCGAUCCCCAGAAAAUAGUGGCUCUUCAGCAGUGGUGGACAACUUUCCCGAAGUGGAUAAGGCCAUGUUAAUCGAGAGAAUAGUGAGACUGCAAAAAGCUCAUGCCCGAAAAAAUGAGAAGAUAGAAUUCAUGGAGGAUCAUAUAAAGCAACUGGUGGAGGAAAUUAGGAAAAAAACAAAAAUAAUUCAGAGUUACGUUUUAAGGGAAGAAGCAGGCACGCUGUCGUCAGAAGCCUCUGAUUUUAAUAAAGUCCACUUGAGCAAGCGUGGAGGUAUCAUGGCGUCUUUGUAUACCUCACACCCAGCAGACAGUGGAUUAACUUUGGAACUCUCUUUGGAGAUUAACCGAAAACUACAGGCUGUAUUAGAAGACACCUUACUAAAGAAUAUCACUUUGAAGGAAAAUCUACAAACACUAGGAACAGAAAUAGAGCGUCUUAUUAAACACCAGCAUGAAUUAGAACAGAGAAUGAAGCAGACAUAACGAAAAGCUUUUGCACAGUAAACAGAGCAGCAUUGCAGAAGGAACAGGUCCCUGCAGUCUGGUGGUGGUGUUUGGAAAUUCCUCUGCACUUAGGGUGUCAUGCAGGGAGUUUGAUUUGCUUGUUUGAUGCAAGUUGUUGAACUUUGCUCUUACACGUCAUUUAAAAAAAGCUAUUUGAAUGCUUUGCAGUGUGUACUGUAAAUAGUGGAAGCAUCCAUUUUAAAUUUUGUAAUGUGCAAUUCAACAGUCUAGUGAUGAAUCUUAAAAAAAAAAAAAAAACAACCCUUUAAUUUGCAGGUGGUCUUACCUACUGCUAAGCAUCACUACAAGGCUUUCAAAUGAGAGUUUUCCCCUUCUUUCUCCCAAAUAACAUCUCUAAUAUGUAUAUGGUAAUUCAGCAUUUUAAGAAUGGAUAUGCAUGAAAAGGCAGCCUUUAAAGUCAUUAAUAUGCCAUUUUGAAUUUUCCACAAGGUUCAGUAGUUAACAUUGUUAGCGGAACAGAAAGAAAAGUUAGACUUCCUUGAAGUGUCUAAAGUAAGAGAUGACCCUCUGUGAUUGGGAUGUGUGCCUGCCUUGAAUUUUAUCAGUUGAUUUUAAUAUUAAGCAGUUGCUGAAAGGAAUAGAAACCCAGGCAGCCAUAAAACAGUUUGAAGACAGUAAUUCAUAUUUUAAUGCCAGAAUUGUAGUCAGCUAGAACUUUCUUUACAAUUUAACAGUUUUCCAGAUCCAAGGCAUUCUUUUUAAGAGAUCACCAGUUGUCUUUAUAUUUGUUUAUCUAAAUCUGACUUCCAAGAAACGUAUUUAUUUUGAAAACUAUUUAAAGCAUAGUGAGAUUCAUUGUCCAGUUUUCUAAAUUUUAAAAUAGAACCUAGUCAGCAGAGUGGAGGAACACCCAAUGGACUGUUGAGUUGCUGUCCAUGUCUCUGUCUUUGUUUACCUGUCUCUCCCCCAACUACCUCAUUCUGAGAGUCCUUAAUUUUACUAAUAAAGCAUGAAGAGGAUCAUUUAAGAAUACUAAAUUUUCAGAAAAACAGGGCCUAAAAGAAAGCUUUUGGUACAUUUUUGCAACAUUUAUUUGACCUUAAUUUUUUUUAUGUUGCUAGUUUUCAGUAAUAAUUGAGCUGUAUAAUUAAUCAAUGGUAUUUGGGGGGUGCUUACCAUGUGCAGAGCACUGUAUUAAGCAUGUGGGAAAGUACAGCAUAACAGAGUAGGUAGACAUGUUCCCUGCCCACAAUGAACUUACAGUCUAGAAGGGGAGGUGAAAUUUAAGAAAGUAAAUUAUGGCUGUGUACAUAAGUGCUAUGGGGCAGAGGGUGGGGUGAAUAUCACAUGUGACACUCUGUGACUUUAAAACUUAAACAGAUUACAUAUUUAACAGAAGAUGUUUCAUAGCCAUUUCCUAAACAUCUUUUUUUUCCCUCUAUGUAUAAUGUGCAUUUAUAAGAUAUGAUAAUAAGACUCUUCCAUAUGUUUUUGCUUUACCUUUUACAGCUCCUAAAUAACUGAAAUUUUAUUUCUGUGAAUUAGGGGGAUUAGUACACCCAGUUCUUCUAAGAUGCAGGGGCUAUAUCCUCUCAAAAACCUGUGUUAAGGAAAAGUGCCCCCUAGCCCUCGGAGUGUCCGACACUACCUUCAUGUCUGUUCUGACACCAUAGGGUCCUGUAUCCAAAUAGGUUCUCGAUGUUGGAAAAUCAUACUCUGAUUUCCUAACAACUUAAUAGAGCAUAAUGAAGAUGUGCGUACUGGCAAAACUAGAUGUACGUCUUCAAAUUUCAUUACAUACAUAUCAUUGUUACUGGGCUACUGUUGUUGCACAGGCAUGCAUUUGAGUGUUAAAGCAUUCCUUCUGAAAGAGAUGUACAUGCUUUUGAACUGGUUAAACUCUAAAAUGUAGGGCUAAUUGGGUACAUGCCAGUUUAAUGUUUGCUAAAUUCUAGUAGCAAUUUGUGAUAUUGAGAGAAGAGAUGUCCUUAGUAAGGAAAUAUCAAAAUGAGUGGUUUCUAUUGAGUGUUCCUUUUUUGCUCUGUUUAGAAGAUAUACUUAUUUCUACUAGAUCUGUACCUUACUGGAGUGACUCCCACUUAGUCACCAGCAGUGACAGCCCUCACAAAUUGCCCAUUGGUAAAGGUGUUACGACAACCUGACUACCAAGCCUGUAGGUAAAUGUGGGGGCAGAAGGAUUAGCAGCUGGCCGGAAGGCAAACUUUACCCUACCGUUUGUCACCCCACCUCCUCUCCAUCCAAAGCGGAGGGGCCAGACCUUUGCAAUGGUUGCUCUUAAAGUUUUUAUCAUCAUAUAUCCAGUAAUGAAGAAAAUAGAGUGAGCCAUAUUAGCUAAGUUUACUUAAAAAUAAAAGUUGAUAAAGAAGAUUCUGUUGAUUACACCAUAUUGGAUUUUGUUCAGAUUUACAAAUUUAAAAGUAAAGAAAAAUAUGUGGAGGAUAUGGGCAGUCAUACUUUUUUCACUUUAUUUUUGAUCUUAAAUAUCAUCAUUUUUUCUUAAUGUCCUUUAGCCAAAAAAAUCCUUUGUAGCCACAGUCCCUGGUAUUGAUAAUGGGAAUUUCAUGUUGAAAUGCAAAUGGAUCAUACUAGUAUUUAUAUUUUAAAUAUAUCCUCUUGAACUCAAGUUGGGUGGGGCCAGAUUAACUUUAAAAGUCAUUAGAAAUCCUGUGCUUUAAUUUUCGCUGUCCAUUCCUUCAUAUGUACAAAAUGACGUAGGAUAGCAAAAUGAGCCUUUUCGCUUGCCUCGUAUCUGCAUAGCACUUACAUUUGUAUCAUGUUUAAACCAAUUGUUAUUGAAAGUUGAUAAUAGUAUUGAAGUUUCUCCCCAAAUUGAUUCAACAUGUUACCUUCGCCUCUUUUUGAGAAGUAAAACAGGUAGAUUUGAGCAUGAGGUGAGUUAUUAACCCUAGCAUGGCAUUUUAAGUAUUUUCUCAUAAGAAUCCAAUACUUUAUUUCAGUGUCACCUUCAAUUUCAAUGUGGACAGUGUGGGAAUUUUAUUUUGGGUGGUGUUUGUAAAUGCACAAGCCACCCAAAAUGAAAUUCUGAAAUUGUCCAAGAUUACAUUUACCACACUAGAAGGCAGGCUGUUCUCACUGAGCUGCUGCAAUGAAAAUAAGUAUCAGAUAUUAAUGAGAAAAUAGGAAAAAUGUCAUUUGGGCAGGCAGCUCACCUCAUGUGCAGUUUUGCCAAUUUUUUACCAGUUUACUCAGGUACAUAAUGUGUGUUAUAUACAUUUUGCAGUUAUAGCUGAGCAUUCAUUUUUCUCUAAACUGUGAAGGAUCAUAUGCUCAUUUAUGUAUACAACUUAUGCCUAUAGGUUCAGAAACACUCCUAUCCAAAUCGUUUAUGGGUAAAUAUUAGCAAGCCACAUGUUACGGUAGAAGAAGGUUGAGAGAGGAUGGCCCAAAAGAACUUGGGAGAAAUAGAAGAAAGCAUUUACUUCUUGGCUUCUAAAGAUAGAGCAGCACCUCAUCACACACGGUUGUUAGAGGCCCAGGAGAUUCAAUCCACAUGUGGCAUUGGAUUACCCACUCAGACCAUCUGUAUAAUCCAUUUUGAGAAUUAUUCUGGUUUCUCAUAUGACACGAGGGUAGAGUUACCCAUUGUCCAUUUUCAGCUGGUCUACCCAUUUUUUUUUUUAAAUUUUCAGCACCAAGCUUUUCUCGAACAGAGUUCAGACCUGGAGUUCAUAUGAACUUGAUAGGGAAGUGCAAAAACUCUGGAACAAAUUAGGGGUUCAGGGAUUCCCCUGGAGAAUUGCUUGACAAUUUUGCAAAUUUGGCAUAUUUUUGCAAAAUGGCAUGUAUGUCCCUUUCAUCACGUUAUAUGUGCCUGAUGUAAUGCAUGUGAUGUCACAUGUCUCCUUACCCCAUAUUUGUGAGGACCAUCUGUGGCCAUCCUACUUGUGUGGUUAGUAAAUAGCAACUUCAUUUUAUGUAGGAAAACUGCUUGGAAUGAGGGUGAUGUUUCAGUAAAUUAGGAGGAAUUUGCAAGAGUUCAGUCCAUAACUGUUCUCCUUUUUUUAAAAAAAUAGGAAUCAUUGUGUAUUGCCUCCUAAUCCUAUUGAUUUAUUACUGGAGUGCACCGAAUACUGUUGAAAUGCUUAGGAUAUUUUUUUUGCACUGCAAUAAAUGUUUUAUACAAAUUUUUACAUGAAGAUUUAGGCCCAAAUUUGACAGUGAAACAUAAUUACUUUCAAUUCUACAAAUAUUCUAUCACCAUGGUAAAAAAAAAACAACUUAUUUUAAAGUUCAUGUUGUCAUUCAUUAUGUUUAACUGAGUUAGUGAUUGUUGGCUUUGGUAGCCUGAAAGCCUUACUUUUGACAUAAAGAAUAUUUGCCAGUUGGUGGCACUAAAAACAAGAAGGAUUUGUGACUGAAUAUUAAUGAAAAUUUUCAAACGUGAAGGCUUUAAAGCUGCAGAAUAAAAUUGCAGUUUUUUUCCGGAAUGGAAUUUUUUUUUAAGUUCUGAAUUUAUCCAUUGUUUGCUGACGGUAGUGAAACCUGUUCUGUCUUCAAAAAUAUGUAUAUCUAUGUGUAUGUACAGAGAGUGCCUCUUUGAUUUAACUGUUUAUUUGUAGAUACGUUUCUGUACAAAUAAAAUUUUUCAGAAGUAAUAACUAUAUAUUAUGUAUAUAGUGUACUAUUAAAUAAAUAACUUAUCAAUUUAUAUUUGAUUAUGUAUGCUUGUGAAACUGUCUAAAUUAGCAUUACAAAUUUAUAUGAUUAA